AUGGGGGGUUGUGGGGUUUGUGGUUUGGUUUGUGUUAUGUGGGUGGUUGUGUUUGGGUUGUUGGGUUGUUUGAGUGUUGUGGUUGUGGGGUGGGUGUUGGGUGGGGGGUGUUGGUUUGGGGGGGGGGUUUUGGGGGUGUUGAGUUUGUGUUGGGUUGUGGUUUGUGGGGUAGGGUUGUGGGGUGGGUUUGGGUGUGUAGGGGGUUGGGUUUUGGUGUUGUGGGAAUGUGGGGGGGGUUUGGGGGGGGGUGUGGGGGGGUGGGUUGUGGGGGGUGGGGGUGUUAGUGGGGGGUGGUAG